AUGAUUAAGACACAAUUCACACUUUCAGUGGCUGCCAUUCAAGCAAGUGUUGUAGAAAGAUUCGGGUACCAUAUCUCAUACACUAAGGCUUCGAAAGGCAAGCGUAAAGCAUUAACUAAUUUGUUUGGUGAUUUCUAUAAAUCAUACGCUAAACUGCCACAUUUUUUUGGUGCCUUAGAGCAAGCCAAUCCAGGAUGUGUUGUAAUUUCUAAAACAUUCCCAGGAAAUAUGCGAAAUGAAGAGGUAUUUCAGCCAGUCUUUUGGGCAUUUCAUCAUUCCAUAGAGGGCUUCAAGCAUUGUCGUCCUGUGUUAACUAUUGAUGGUACACACUUGUAUGGGAAGUAUAAGGGCACUAUAAUGAUUGCCAUGGGCUGUGAUGGAAAUAAUCAAUUGUUUCCUCUUACUUUUGCAAUAACUGAGGGUGAAAAUGUUGAUAGUUGGGGAUGGUUUUUGGCAUGUAUUAGAAAUCGAGUAACUCAAAGGAGGGGUCUUUGUGUUAUCUCUGAUCGUCAUCCGAGCAUUAUGGCUGUGUUUGCUGAUGUUUAUCUUGGUUGGUCUAAGCCAAAUGCAUAUCAUCAAAUUUGUAUGCGCCAUCUCGCUAGCAACUUUAUGACUCACUUUAAGGACAAAUGCUUGAAACAACUUUUAUGCAGAGCCGCCUUAGAAACUAAGGUAGAAAAAUUUAACAUGCAUAUGGAGACAAUUGGGAGAAUCAAUCAAGAUGCACUCAGCUGGUUGGAGGCUAUUCCCUUUGAGAAAUGGGCACUAUCACAUGAUGGAGGUCGACGAUAUGGCAUAAUGACUACAAACAUGUCAGAAGUGUUCAAUAGUGUGCUUAAAGGGGCAUGA